UCACACCUCUACCUCAAGACAUCGGACACGCAGAAGAGAAAAGCGUCACAGUUUUUACACUGAGAUGAUAUCCAUUUACUAUCCAUACGUAUAUCGCAGCCUCUAAACUGCUGCAGUAUCACCGUAACGUAUAUACAUUUCUAUGAGGUAAAUAAUAUGGCAUUGAGAAUCAGAGGACAGUACUCGGAUAGUAAUGUUUUACUCGGAUGUUUUAUCGUUUUAAGCACCGCACUGUGUCCUGCCGGUGCUUAUCUCUACAACAACCGCUAUGCCGGUGAUCAAGUGUUCAGAAUAAACCCUAUAAACAACACAGAAGUUCAAGCAGUCAAACAGCUUCUUCACAACCUGACGGUGGACCUUUGGCAGCCCAACAGUGCAUCGUUGAUUCGAGAGAACAGCUCAGUAGACGUUCAUGUGGGUCGAAACAAGACACAAUGGCUGAAGAGACAUCUACACCAAGCACACAUCAACUAUGAGGUGCUUAUUUCCAAUCUCCAAACAUUAAUCGAGAAACAGACCGGAUAUCGCUCCACCAGGAAGCGUCGAUCGGAAUUCCAGUAUGACUAUGAAGUGUACCAUACUUUGGAAGAGAUCCAAAGCUGGAUGUUUGAGAUGAACAGGACACACCCACAUCUUGUGGACAUGUUUUCUAUUGGACGUUCAUACGAGGGACGUCCCCUCUAUGUGCUCCAGUUAGGAAAGAGAACACGGCCCUAUAAGAAGUCAGUGUGGAUAGACUGUGGAGUGCAUGCGAGAGAAUGGAUUGGUCCGGCUUUUUGCCAGUGGUUCGUGAAAGAGGCGCUGAACUCCUAUCAACACGACUCAAUCAUGAGGCGGCUGAUGAAUCAGCUGAGCUUUUACAUUAUGCCCGUCUUCAAUGUGGAUGGUUAUCAUUACAGCUGGAAGACUGACAGAUUCUGGCGGAAAACACGGUCAAAGAUUCCCAAGUAUCACUGCAGGGGAGUGGAUGCCAACCGGAAUUGGAAAGUCAAAUGGUGUGAUGAGGGGGCCUCUCAGCAUCCAUGUGAUGACACAUACUGCGGUCCAUAUCCCGAGUCUGAGCCGGAGGUCAAGUCCGUCGCCAAGUUUUUACGCAAGCACAAAAAGCGCAUCAAGGCCUACAUUUCAAUUCAUGCCUACGCUCAGAUGCUUCUCUAUCCGUAUUCAUACAAAUAUGCCACUAUCCCAAAUUUUAACUGUGUGGAGUCAGCUGCCCAGAAUGCAGUAAGUGCCCUUUACUCGGCUUAUGGAGUGAGAUACAGAUACGGCCCUGCAUCCACCACACUGUAUGUGAGCUCUGGUAGUUCGAUAGACUGGGCCUAUAAGAACGGGAUCCCGUAUGCCUUUGCUUUUGAGUUGCGUGAUACAGGAUUUUACGGCUUCCUCUUACCAGAAACCUUGAUCAAUCCCACCUGCACAGAAACCAUGAGAGCCGUAAAGACCAUCGCCUCAGGCCUUCUGAAGAAGUGCACCAAAUGAACCUUUAUACAUUCUCAACAUCUGUCCUUACUUGCCAUAAGCCAUAGCAACAUAUCUAUACUAGGCAUCUAGAAAUAUGCCUGUAUAUUCAAUGUACUGUAUGUAAGUAUGCAAAGGAGAUAUUUUAUUGGAAGCUAUACAUUUUAUUUAAUUAUAUACAUUAAAUUGUAAAAAUAUUAAAGCGUAUUAACAGUGAAGAUAUGACAGCACUUGAAUUGUGAACUAAAUCAUUCUCUUUCUAAAGAAUGAACACUUUUUAUACAGACAAAGUUCAAUGGGAAUGUAAAUAAUGCAUGUUGUUAUGUCACAAUAGGUAUAUUUUCAUACAGAUGUUCUGUACAGUAAAGAGGUAUGCAUUAAUACAACACAGCUUUGAUCUUGUUUAAUAUUGUCCAUAAAAAUUUUGAUAAAUGUAUUCGUGUUUGAUGACACAAAAUUUCGCUGUUUAUCGUGUCUCUGUAGACGAAUGUCUUUUUCAUCCUUCCCAGCAAGAAUUUCUAUUAAUGGCUUUUUGUGUCUGUGGGACUACUUUCUUUAUCGUGUCAUUUUAUUUUUUUCCUCUUUCCUAUUUUUAAAUCUUUGUCGCUUGGGGUUAGGGUUAGAUUUGGGGUUUGCUUUUGGAUGUAAUUUUAAGCAUUGGUUUCUACAUGUUUUUCCUCCGCUUUUAAAACUAUUCUCGCCUGGAGUUGGAGUUUGGGUUAGGAAGUGAUUCUUACCCAAACCCUAAGCGACAAUGGUCAAAAAAUAGAAAACAACGAUGAGAAAACAAAAUAUAAAAUGACACGAUAAAGAAAGUCGUGCCAAAGACACGAACAGCCAUUGAUAG